AUGGGGAGGAAUGGUCAGAAGAGCGGGCGCUACGCGUGCUGCGGCAGCUGCGGCAAGUGGGUCUGGGAAGACAAGCUGGAGAAGGCGAAAGGCUGGUGCGGCGCCUGCGGGAAGUGGAUCGGGCUCCCGAGCGCAGGCCACAAGGCGUGGACGCGGUCGACUCCGCCGUGGUGGUCAACGGGUGGGGACACGUGGGGCCCCACGCCAGGGGAGGCGAGCCUCGACGGUGGCGUUGAGGCAGCGCUCGCGCUGCUGCGCAAGGAGAUCCCCGAGAUGGGCCAGGAGAUGGCGGCGCUCGCCAAGAAGCACGAGAAGCCCCCGCCGGCUGCCCCGCCCAAGUCGACCUGGCAGCUCAUGUCGUCGGCGCAGCACUGGCACACGAAGGCGCAGAAUGCCCUCUUCGCGGCGGAGGCUGAGCUCCAGCAGGCUGAGGAGGUCAGGGCUGCCGCGGAGCUGCGUCGAGAGGACGCGCUCGUGGCGGCGCUGGACGCCCAGCUGGCGAUGGAGAAGGCCACGAAGACGCACUACGAGGGCGUGGCGAAGAAGAAGGAGGCCGAGCCUGCUGCGGAGCCGCAGCAGUCGGUGCUGGACUUCGAGUGUGCGGACGCGCUGUGCGAGCUCGACGACUACGAGGACGGGCCCAUCAAGGAGGAGGCCUCCGAGCGGCUCUACCAGCAGGCGGAGGCCCACCAGAAGGACCUGCUGGAGAAGGCCGGGCCCGGCGCGACGGCGGCCACGGCGCAGUCCGGCUCUGGCGGAGGGGCGGGCGCGUCUGGCCCCCCAGAGGCGGCGGACGCCCCCGAGGCCGCUGCCGCCCCACCCGCCUCCCAGGAGGAGCUCACGCAGCGCCAGGCGAAGCUGGACGAGCUGCGCGCGCGCACUGCGGCGGAAGUGGUCAAGGGCGGCGGCAAGGGGGCUGGAAGCCGCCGCGGCCGCAUGUUUGAUGAGCGCGACUCGCGCCACAUCUUCUUCGCGAAUGUGGAGAAGUGGGGGCCUCAGGCCCACAAGUUCCUGAACGAGUUGAACCACAAGAAGGGCGAGUUCGCAGUGGCGGCGAUGUGCGAGACGCACGUCGCGGCCGCUGGCCAAGGGAAGCUCCUCAGCGACCUGGACAAGGACGGCUGGAAGUGCAGCCACACGGCGGCCCUGGCGACAGGGAAGAGCGCUGAGGGCUGCAGCGGAGGUGAGCUGGUGGCGACCCGCCGCAGCUUGGCGGCAUCCACCUUCGACCACGUUAGAGCAGCGGCGAGACUGAGGGGAGGAGAGGACCCCUUCAGAGGCUUCUCGGCGAUGACGCUGCACGCGAAGGCGGGCAACUGCGUGAUGGUCUCGGCGUACAUGGUGCCGCGGUGGGGCCCAGGGUCGCCCAACCAGGGCAAGCUGGCGUCGCUGGCGGCGUUCCUGGCGGCCAUUGAGGACCCGUGGGUCGUGGCGGCUGACUGGAACCUGGAGCCGCAGCAGCUGGUGGCGAUGGGGUUCCCCACCAAGGUUGGGGGCACGGUGGUGACGCCCCGGCACACCACUGUGACGUGCUCCAAGGGCGCGGGCUCGCUGAUCGACUACUGCUUGGUCAGGUCCGACUUCGUGCAGAGCGUGGAGGUGAGGGCGUUCUUGGAGGUGCCGUGGCGUGUCCAUUGCGGGUUGGACAUCACCUUGAAGGGCUCCAGCGAGCAGUGGUGGGCCCGCGCGCUGGUGGUGCCGAGGGGGCUGCCCCGCGCGCAGCGGCCCAGGCGCGCAGCGGACCCGGACAGCAAGACGAGCAGAAUGAAGCAGCGCCGCUUGGAGGAGCGGCGUGCCAGGCUCCCAGAGGUGCUCCGGGAGGCGUUCACCGAGCUCCAUGAGGAGGAGGAGGACGCAGCCCCAGCGGCACCGACGGUGCCGUUUGCGAUCACCGCGGGGCAGUGGAAUGCGGUGCUGCCGCGGGAGCCCGAGCCCUACCUGGCGGAGACGGCGGCCAUGGACGAUCACCUGGCGUACCAGCGGCCUGGGGUGCAGGAGCAGCGCCUGUCGCAGCGGUACGGGGACUGGGUGAGCAGGGUGGAGGAGGCCGUCCUGAACCAGCACGAGGUAUGCGAGGCUGAGCGCUCGGCGUACAGAGGGCGGGCCCGAGGCUACGCGGUGGCGUGGAAGAGGGUUCGUUCUACCCCGGGCAGGGCGCACAUGCGAUGUCACAAGGCGGAGAAGAUGAGCUUCUGCGCCACGCUGGUGCAACGCUACCACAGCCUGAUGUGUAGCAAGAAGAAUGAGCAGCAGCGGGUCUGUGUGGCGGCGCGGUUGAGCGGCCUCGUGACGGAGCUCAAGGGCCAGGGCCUGCUGAGCUUCUUCGGCGAUGACGGCUGCAUGGACAUGUGGUGCGAACAGGUCCAGGCCAUCAGGGCCCUCAACCGGCCCGCGCGGGAGCAGCUGCAGGAGACGACUGACCAGUUGGCGGCGAGAGGCCAGGCGAGGGCGCUUGGCGAGUCACGUCGGGCCUUCACCAAGUGGGCCAAGACGGCGUGGCGCGAGCACGCGGGCCUGCUCCACCAGCAUGUGAAGCCCGACAGGCCGAUCGUCAACGAGUUGGUGGUGGAAGGGCCAGGGCGCGUGGAGCUACUCUCGCAGCCGAGCCAGAUCAUGGACAAGAGGGCCGAGAAGUGGGGCGCCCUCUGGCAGGACACCUGCAGCUUCACGGGGCGCACCGACACCGGCAGGGAAGUCCAGGAAUUUUCCGGAAAAUCCUGGACUUGCCGGGGGGUAGAUGAGAAUCUCAGGCUCCAGCUGAUCAG